AAGGGAAAGAAAUAGUAAUGUUUUUAGAUUACGAUGGCACUCUUUCUCCGAUUGUUGCAGAUCCAGAUCGAGCUUUUAUGUCCAAGAAGAUGAGAAAGACGGUGAGAAAGGUAGCCAAAUGUUUCCCUACAGCUAUAGUGAGUGGUAGAUCCGUAGAUGCAGGGACAAGGUAUAUAACUUUGUCAAGUUGGCUGAGCUAUAUUACGCUGGAAGCCAUGGAAUGGACAUUAAAGGCCCUGAGAAACUUUCCAAAUCUAACACAGUGAGUAAACUUAUG